UUAACAUUUAAAAUAUUUUAUCCUCAGUUCAUUUAUAAGAAGCAGGGCAGCAUGGGAGAGGCAACAUGUGAUUUAGAUAUACAGUCAGAGGAAUUAACCAAAUUUUCAUAUUCUGAAGAUGUGAAGCCAGAGCUAUCUACAGUAUUUUCAUCUUCUGCUGACAUAAAAACAGAAGUGUCCACAAUUUUGACUUUCCAUGAUAGGAAACCAAACAUGUCAUUUAUAACUUCACAGGAUUUUAAAACCAAUGUUCCACCAGAAUUUUUAUCUUCUAAAGAAACAAAAACAAAAAAUACAACAUUUUCAUCCUUAGAUGAUGUAAAACACAAUAUGACAUUUAUAACUUCUCAAGAUUUAACAACAGGAUUUUUAAUUAAUAAUGAUAUGGAACCUACUGUAUCAGCAAUAUGUACAGGAUCUGAAGAUAUAAAAUCAGAAUCAGCAAUGUUAUCAACUAGCGAAGAUAUAAAAUCAGAAUUAGCAAUAUUAUUAGCUAGCGAAGAUAUGAAAUUAGAAUUAGCGACGUUAUCAAGAAGUGAAGACAUAAAACCAGAUUUAUGGACAUUUUUAGAUUUUGAGGAUAAACCACAAAAAGGACUAGAAGAAAAGCUAAAACUUUCUGAAGAUAAAACAUUUGUUUCUGUUGAUCAUCAUGAACAGUUUUUUCAAAGAUCUAACUUGAAUAAACAUAAACAAGCUCAAGUAGGGGAGCGGCCUCUUCAAUGUGAUGAUUAUCAUAAAAGGUUUUCAGACAGUUCUAGUUUAAGAAAACAUAAAAAAGUUAAUUCAGGAGAUAAGUUACAUGAAUGUGAUCUUUGUCAUAAAAAGUUUUCACUCCGUUCUAAUUUAAGUAGGCACAAAAAAAUUCAUUUAGUGGUUAAACCUUAUGAAUGUGAUGAUUGUCAUAAAAGGUUUUCAAACAUUUCUAGUUUAAGAAACCAUAAAAGAAUUCAUUUAAUGUUUUUUAAGCGUUAUGAAUGUGAUCUUUGUCAUAAAAAGUUUUCAUACAGUUCUACUCUAAGAAUACACAUAAAAAUUCAUUUAGGGGUUAUGCCUUACAAAUGUGAUGUUUGUCAUAAAACGUUUGCAUGCAGUUCUAGUUUAAAUAAACAUAAGAAAGUCCAUUUAAUGGUUAAGCCUUAUGAAUGUGAUGUUUGUCAUAAAAGGUUUGCAGACAGUUCUACACUAAGCAAACACAAAAAAAUUCAUUUAGGGGUUAAGCCUUAUGAAUGUGAUGUUUGUCAUAAAAAGUUUGCAGAAAAUUCUACUCUAAGAAUACACAUUAAAAUUCAUUUAGGGGUUAAGCCUUACGAAUGUGAUGUUUGUCAUAAAAAGUUUGCAUGCAGUUCUAGUUUAAAUAAACAUAACAGAGUCCAUUUAAUGGUUAAGCCUUAUGAAUGUGAUGUUUGUCAUAAAAGGUUUUCAGACAGUUCCUCACUAAGCAAACACAAAAAAAUUCAUUUAAUGGUUAAGCCUUAUGAAUGUGAUGUUUGUCAUAAAAGGUUUUCAGACAGCUCUUAUUUUAAUAGACACAAAAUAAUUCAUUCAGCAGAUAAUCCGUAUGAAUGUGAUGUUUGUCAUAAAAGGUUUUCAGGCAGUUCUAAUUUUAAUAGACACAAAAAAAUUCAUUCAGCAGAUAAUUCUGAUAAUCCGUAUGAGUGUGGUGUUUGUCAUAAAAAGUUUUCAAACAUUUAUGUUCUUAACCAACACAAAAAUAUUCAUAUAGAAAUUAAGCCUUAUAAAUGUGAUCUGUGUCAUAAAAGUUUUUCAUACAGUUCUUCUCUAAGCCUACACAAAAAUAUUCAUUUGGAAGUUAAGCCUUAUGAAUGUGAUCUUUGUCAUAAAAGGUUUUCAUACAGUUCUAAGCUAAGCCAACACAAAAAUAUUCAUUUGGAAGUUCAGCCUUAUGAAUGUGAUGUUUGUCAUAAAAGGUUUUCAGACAGUUCUAGUUUAAGUAAACAUAAAAAAGCUCAUUCAGGAGAUAAGCCACAUGAAUGUGAUGUUUGUCAUAAAAAGUUUUCAUACAGUUCUAGUUUAAGAAACCAUAAAAGAAUUCAUUUAAUGUUUUUUAAGCGUUAUGAAUGUGAUCUUUGUCAUAAAAAGUUUUCAUACAGUUCUACUCUAAGUAGUCUAAGAAUACACCUAAAAAUUCAUUUAGGGGUUAUGCCUUACGAAUGUGAUGUUUGUCAUAAAAAGUAUUCACACAGUUCUAGUUUAAAUAAACAUAAGAAAGUCCAUUUAAUGGUUAAGCCUUAUGAAUGUGAUGUUUGUCAUAAAAGGUUUGCAGACAGUUCUACACUAAGCAAACACAAAAAAAUUCAUUUAAUGGUUAAGCCUUAUGAAUGUGAUGUUUGUCAUAAAAAGUUUGCAGAAAAUUCUACUCUAAGAAUACACAUUAAAAUUCAUUUAGGGGUUAAGCCUUACGAAUGUGAUGUUUGUCAUAAAAAGUUUGCAUGCAGUUCUAGUUUAAGUAGACAUAAGAAAGUCCAUUUAAUGGUUAAGCCUUAUGAAUGUGAUGUUUGUCAUAAAAGGUUUUCAGACAGCUCUUAUUUUAAUAGACACAAAAUAAUUCAUUCAGCAGAUAAUCCGUAUGAAUGUGAUGUUUGUCAUAAAAGGUUUUCAGGCAGUUCUCAUUUUAAUAGACACAAAAAAAUUCAUUCAGCACAUAAUUCUGAUAAUCCGUAUGAAUUUGGUGUUUGUAAUAAAAUGUAAUAAAAAGUUUUCAUACAUUUCUGUUCUUAACCAACACAAAAAUAUUCAUAUAGAUAUUAAGCCUUAUAAAUGUGAUCUUUGUCAUAAAAGUUUUUCACACAGUUCUUAUCUAAGCCAACACAAAAUUAUUCAUUUGGAAGUUAAGCCUUAUGAAUGUGAUGUUUGUCAUAAAAGGUUUUCAGACAGUUCUAGUUUAAGAAACCAUAAAAAAAUUCAUUUAAUGUUUUUUAAGCGUUAUGAAUGUGAUCUUUGUCAUAAAAAGUUUUCAUACAGUUCUACUCUAAAAAUACACAUAAAAAUUCAUUUAGGGGUUAAGCCUUAAAAAUGUGAUGUUUGUCAUAAAAAGUUUUCAAACAGUUCUAAUUUUAAUAGACACAAAAGAAUUCAUUCAGCAGAUCAUUCAUAUGAAUGAUUUUUUUUCAUUAAAGUUUUCAUAUAGUUCUUCUCUAAGCAAACACACAAAAAAUUGGUUAAGCCUUAAGAAUGUCAUAACUUUGUCAUAAAGGGUUUUCACUUUGUUCAUUCAGGAGAUAAAUUCUAUAAAUCUGAUGUUGGUCAUAAAAACUUUACCCAAAUAGUGUAUGAUAUUUUUUAAAUUGUUGAAGCACCAAAUGAAUAGACAUUCUAAUCUUCAAUUCAUUCAUGAUCUGUAUAUAUUUAUAAUAGGAUAGCAUGUAAGCACCAAAUGAAUAGACAUUCUAAUCUUCAAUUCAUUCAUGAUCUGUAUAUAUAUUUAUAAUAGGAUAGCAUGUAAGCACCAAAUGAAUAGACAUUCUAAUCUUCAAUUCAUUCAUUAUCUGUAUAUAUUUAUAAUAGGAUAGCAUGUUUUAGUUCAUCUUCUAGGACACUGGUGUAUAUUUUCGUAUAUUAUAUGCAAAUACAGCUAAAUUGAUGUUCAUUUGCAUAUAUUUUAAUGAAAAUAAAAGAUUAUAGCAGACUAUUAUUAAUAAACUAUUAUAUUAAAAUAACCUAAUUAGACCAUUCUUGUGGCUGAACAUUUAUAGUUGAUCUUUUCUUUGGUCUCAGUCUGAGAAGUGUAAGUGGGGUCAUUCCCUAAAACAACUAUCAGUUUCUAAUGCUUGACACUUUCUUUUCUAUUUGCAAACAGUAACACCACACACAAUGUGCAAAUUAAAAGGCAAUAAAGACAAAAAAGACUAAUGCUGUAUUGGUUAUGUUCUGACAUUUUGGUAUCCUAUUUCUAGCAUAAUCUAUGCUUUGUUGUUUUUUCUUUUGUUUUCUUUAUUUUUAAAAACACUAAUUUUAAUGAAAAUGUUGCUGUAGGAUUGUAACAAGAAAUAAAAAU